AUGAUCAAGGGCUUUCAAACGAUCAACAAAAGACUUCAGCCGUUGCUUUUUCGAAGAUUUGCAACUACUUCAGCUGAACCGCCAAAAGAGCGACAACAGUAUGAGGAACCAUGGAAAAAUCCCUGGAAACAUGCUCUGCCGCCACAAGAGAAAACCUUCACAGACUAUGAAGAACUUCAAAUCGACUUUCGACUAGUCGAGGAACUUUUACCAAAAGAGACAAUACCAGAAGUGCCAAAUCAUGAAAGCUACCCAACACCAAGCGGCUGGAAACCACCUCUCGACCCGCCACCAAAUCUUCCGUAUUACGUGCGAAGACGUCGCGAUCACGUUUUUCCGCUUUACCUUGAAAGAAAACGCGAUAUGCUAAACGAAGACACACUGGACUUUGAUUAUGUCGAGUUGGUGGCGGUACGAAAUGUGGAAGGGGAUGUUUUUGCUUGCGAAGCGGAUUUGAGAGCGUAUCUCGAAAACAAACUUAACCAUCCCGUUGCUACGCACGUUGACGAAAUAAAGGGCAGAAUAAAGGUCAAAGGAGCCGAUCGUUCCGCAAUUGAAAGGAUUCGCAAAGAAGAAACGAAAUCGAUGCCUGCUUCUGCUGGAUGCACAAACUGCUCUACGAAAUACACGCUCUUCAACAAAGAAGUUGGAUGCCCAGCCUGCCACUUUUCCUUCUGCAAGAAAUGCCUCUCACACAAAGCGCAUCUUCCCGGAUCAACAAAGGAAUCCAUUGUUUGCAUUAAAUGCUACAACAAACUAUCCCAUCCAACCUCAUCGAAGCCUCAGCAACACGGCUCAUCUGGGCAUGAUGCACCAAAUCGAAUGUACCCUUCCAUUCACGCUCCUUCCUCAUCAUCUGCGCAACCGCCUCAAACGGCUAAUUGGUGGGGAGAAGGCCUUCCACCGGCAUCAAUGCGCGUGGCGACAAAUCCCAAUCCAUGGAAUAAUGUUCAACAAAAAAUACAACCUCAAGUUAAUUCGGCACAUUUGGAUCCCUUAGAAAAGCGCUUGAAUGAAGUUCGACAAAUUGAAACUCAUCAAAGUCCGCACGAAAAAAAAACGCCAACUUUGUCAGAGAUUGAGGAACGUUUGGCGGCGUUGAGGGGGUGCGAUGUGGAAUUGGUUAGGAACCCGCGUGUUUGGUUUGACAGCAAAUCCGACGAGCCGGUGGAAAGCUCGACAGUUGACGGGCUACUGCGAAUGGCCUAUGAUCGAAAUCGAAUCGAAGAGAAUCGAGAUCGAGAAUUGGAGGAACGAUGGAAACGAAUCAAAACACGUGGAGAUGAUUUAGCAACCGGGGAGCAGCCUGUUAAUCCUGAAGAUUUUAGUGAUGAUCCAACUCGCUUUUCUACGAUAUCGGCCGUUUCGGGAAAUACGGAGUUCUCUGAAGCAACCAAAGAUGAAAUGCAACAAAUAAAUGAUUUGAUGCUGAACGCGCAAAAGAGCAUCAAGCAAAGCCCACACCCAAAGCCCACCGAGGACGAGUUAAACAACGAAGCAAAAACGAUUCUGGCUGAAACACGUCAAAAGUCAUUGGACAUCGAUAAAGUGAACUCGGAAAUAGCGAAUUGUUACAAUCGACGAAUCGAUAACGUGAAAUUGGGUGAUGAUGAUCGAUCUUCUUCAUCGGAAAGCUUGGAUGAGGCGACGCUUCGACAAAUUAUGGAAGAAGCCGAGCGGGCUGAAGAUGAAAACACGACAAAUGAGGUACGGCAAGAGAUGAAUGAUUGGAGAAACAGGGGAAAUCCAUCCGGUAGCUCUCCUUCGAAAGAAAAAGGAUUUUUAAGGAUGAUCUUUAAGAAA